AUGACAUUUGAAUUGAUCAUCAUUGGCACCAGCGCUGCUGCAUUCCUAAGCGGCAUGCUUGCAACCGAGGCCUAUAAAGCUCUUGAAAUGAUUUAUCUCGAACAUCGCGCCCGAGUCAACCACGAGAUCGCUAAGUUCGGACGCCCACUCAAACGCAAGGAACGAAAGAUUAUGAAGAGAAAAUUUAAGUUGGAUCAGAUGGCUGCCGCUCUCAGUGUCAAUACCUUGAAUUCCAAAAACAGUAGACGUUCCGACCACGCACAUACGCACGGAUCCGGUUCAGAAAGAAGAUCCGCCCCCAGAAGCAACUAUUCAGAUGUACCACAGCCGGCGCCACCCCCCUUGCCUAACCCAAAACACGGCCCGUUCGCCGACCAAUCUCAUGCUCUGUACAUCUACGACGGAUCUUCCAGCCCAGAUAAGGGACUCUCACCCCGAGAUAGUGCCCAGAAGAAAGAAUAA